CCGAAUGCCUUCCAAAUUUAUUCAGAUUUAAUUCAAACAUCGAUUACUAAACAAGUGAAAACUUCUUAUCCCUUAAUAUGGCUAAAGUUAUGAUAAUCUUCUUCGCUGUUUGCGUUGCUUUGGCUAUGGCCAAACCAGGUGGAUAUGGUGGCUCUUCUGGCGGAUUUGGUGGGCAAGGUGGUUUUGGCGGCGGCAGCAGUGGGGGCUAUGGCCACCAAGGCGGAUCACUUGGCGGUGGCCACGGAGGAUCACUUGGCGGUGGCCUAGGACAUGGCGGAUCACUUGGCGGUGGCCACGGAGGAUCACUUGGUGGUGGCCUAGGACAUGGCGGUUCCCUUGGCGGUGGCCAUGGAGGAUCACUUGGCGGUUACGGCGGUGGUCACUAUUAAGUUUGACUGAUGUACAUACAUAUGGACAUCCAUACACAUGUAAAAGUCCCGAAAAUUUGUGCACAUACAUACAUACUUAAGUAGAAACAUUUACUUUACAUAUGUAUGUACAAAUUAA